GGAUAUAAUGUAAUAUCUCAAACGAGCUCUACCUGGUCCACUUUUACAGCAUCUUAUUUGCGCCGACAUUAUUCUAAUGUAUCAUAUGCCUGUAACAAAUCCAUUCAUAUUUCAUCAGUUUCUUUGCAUCACAAGAUAAACCGUCCAUUUUCUGGAACAAAUGGUGUCUGCAAAAGUAAACCAUUGUCAUUUUCCUGCGGUGGAAGAGGGGUUUGCAUCUUAAAACACCAGAAGUCUUUGAGGAGUAAGUUUCAGAUAUAUGCAUCACUUGAUGUUGCCAGCGCUGUUGAUGUUAUCAAUGACCUCGGGUUGGACACUUUGACAUUCUUAGCUGUGACUGUACUGGUUGUACCUGCCUUCAAGAGCAUAAAAGCUAGCCCUAUACUUGGUUUUUUCUUUGCUGGAGUUGUGCUCAAUCAAUUUGGGCUAAUCAGAAACAUCACGGAUGUUAAAGUUCUUUCCGAAUGGGGGAUUCUUUUCUUGCUUUUUGAAAUGGGAUUGGAGCUUUCACUUGCACGCUUGAAAGCUCUUGCAAAGUUUGCCUUUGGCAUGGGACUGACUCAGGUUGUAUUAUCAACCCUAGCAUUUACAUCAUUCGAGCUUCCACCUAAUGAUGCUAUUGGAACAAAGAUUCUGGAGUUUCUUUUUCACUCAAGGCCUGAUCUAGUGAAUAUUAGAAGUGUUGAUGAGGCUGUAGUGAUUGGUGCCGCUCUCUCUCUAUCUUCUUCAGCUUUUGUUCUGCAGAUUCUUGCAGAGAAGGGUGAGCUUCCAACUAGAUUUGGCUCAGCUACUUUGGGAAUACUUCUACUUCAGGACAUUGCCGUUGUGCCACUUUUAGUCAUACUACCGGUGCUGGAGACCCAGAAUUUGAUAGAAGAAAGUAUUUUGCCAAUGCUUGCUAAAGAAAGUCUGAAGGCUUUAGGUGGACUGGGGUUGCUUUCUCUCGGAGGGAAGUACAUAUGGAGGCGAGUUUUUGAGGUUGUUGCAGAAACGAGAAGCUCGGAAGCUUUUGUUGCACUCUGCCUUUUGACUGUUGCAGGAACAUCACUUUUAACACAGAAGUUGGGUUUUAGUGACACGCUUGGAGCCUUUUUAGCUGGGGCUCUGCUAGCAGAGACAAACUUUCGUACUCAGAUUGAAGCUGAUAUAAGGCCAUUCAGAGGAUUACUUCUUGGACUAUUUUUUGUGACUACCGGAACUUCUAUUGAUAUGCAGCUUCUUUUCCGUGAGUGGCCAAAUGUGCUUUCCCUUUUGGCUGGUCUGAUUGUUAUCAAGACAUUGAUCAUAACAGCAAUAGGUCCCCGAGUCGGCCUAUCCCUUCAGGAGAGUGUGAGAAUUGGAUUUCUUCUUUCUCAAGGAGGUGAAUUUGGAUUUGUGGUCUUUUCCCUAGCAAACAGGCUAGGAGUACUGCCACUUGAGCUAAAUAAACUACUUAUUAUUGUUGUUGUGCUGUCUAUGGCACUGACUCCACUACUCAAUGAAAUUGGACGGAAAGCUUCUGAGUUUAUUGGUGAGAAGUUUGACAAUGAGGAUAGAACUGCUGAAAUGGCAAAUUUUGAUGUGAGUGAACCAGUAGUUAUCCUUGGAUUUGGGCAAAUGGGUCAGGUCCUUGCCAAUUUAUUGUCAACACCACUAGCUUCAAGUGACGGCGAGGAGUUUCGCUAUGUUGCUUUUGAUCUAGAUCCUAAAGUUGUAAAGGCUUCUAGAAACCUUGGUUUUCCUGUUCUCUACGGUGAUGGUUCACGUCCUGCAGUUCUGCAGUCUGCUGGUAUAUCUUCUCCAAAAGCAGUCAUGGUCAUGUACAGAGGAAAAGAUAGGACCACAGACGCUGUUCAGAGAAUUCGACUAGCCUUUCCAGCGGUACCAAUAUAUGCACGAGCUCAGGACGUGAUGCAUUUAUUAGAUCUGAAAAAAGUAGGAGCAACGGAUGCCAUUCUUGAAAGUGCAGAGACAAGUUUACAGCUGGGGUCUAAACUUCUAAAAGGGUUUGGUGUCAUGUCUGAUGAUGUAACUUUUCUGAGUCAACUUGUUCGAGAUUCUAUGGAGCUGCAAGCCCAAGAGGUUGUUGAUAAAACUGAUGAUCAAGUGUCUAAAGUUAUGAAACCAUUGCAGGUAAGAGUUGCAGACUUUGUCCAGAAUGGGAAACCCGCGCUAUCACCUAGAAUAAAUGAUACAACGCAGGAUUUGAUGGAUAAAAGUUACAGUUCGGAUGCAGCAGCUGAUGAGUCAUCUGAUGAUGGCGAGGGCAAUCCAUCUCCAUCUCAUGAUUUUGAAAACGAAACCCAGCUGUUUGAGGAGGCUGACAUAGAGAAUGCAUUUCCAGCUAACUCGGAAGGUGGUGGUAUGGAAAGUGAUACAGAGGAUGUGGAACAUAUGCUGUAAAUGUAACUUCACAAGAAGCAGCAACUGAUCAAAGGGUUUUAAGGAAAAUAAAAGAUACAUACAUACUUGUGCCUGAUGAUGUAUGGACUCGAAUACCAGUGAUCUCUCCUAAGUGCUGCCAUUGACUGAAACAAGAACUGUAUCACCAGUCACCGGCCACAAGUUAGCAUUCACAAAAUAAUUACCGUUCCAUGUGUUGAUCUUCA